AUGACUCAAAGUCGACAAAAACUCUGAUCUUUUUACGACAAAAGAUCUUAUACUCUUUUAAGUUAUUUAUAUCUUUUCGACAAAGCGAAAAGAUAUAAAUGAUAGAUAUUUUAUCUUGCCGGAGAGACAAUUAACAUAAAAAGAAAUUUUAGUUUUAAUUCGCUCGUAGCGUAGCAACAGAGCUGCGCUGCGAUCUGCUGCGCAGCUCUCCCGGGCCUCUCUCGCCGCCGGUCUCUGUGUAACACUUAAUUGUGUUCUGUUCUUCCUGCUUCCAUGUGCUUCAGUAUCUACGAGAUCUUUUAUCACAUUUGUGCCUCAUGGUAUUGUUUCGAUUGGAUGCGAAAGACUUGUAUUAUAUCAUCUGCGCUUACAUUUAUACUCUAUUUCUGGUUGGAUGCGAAGGACUUAUAUCUUAUACGCUCACAUUUAUUGACUCUUCUAUUUUCUGUUAUACGGAAAGAACAAUCUUUAAGAUCUUUUAUUACAUUUGUGCCUCAUGUGAUGCAUGCCGACUAAAAUUUUUACAAAUAAAUGCAAAAAUAAAGCAUAAGCUCAACGGCAUCAUUAAUCUGCUGGAAAAUAAAGGAGGUGAUAAAGCCGAUCCAGUCGAACAAAAUAACAAUAACUUGUUACCAGAUUUUCCUCUUACUACAAUACAGGAAUUGAAUCAUUUCAACGAGCAAUUGAUGCAGAAUGACGUUCAACGACAAUUCGUAAAAAAAAUGUCAAAUAUUGGCGGAGAUACUGUCAGUAAGACAGUGCGAAAUGUCAUGUCUCAAACAAUUACAGAUGAAUUGGCCCAAAUUUAUACGUGGACAGGUCAAAAAAACAGAUUAGCAUUAAAGAAAACUAAAAUUUCAGACGUUAUUAUCGAAGCAAUUAUGAUUUCAAUAAAUACGACAAUGGCCGAAGUGGAAGGAUAUAUGAAAGAAUGGGUGCGACGAGCCAGCGAUAGAAUUAGAUCGCUCUCAAAAAAAUAAAUUUUAUUAAUUAAUAAUAGAUGCGUCAUUCUACUCGUAAUAACGAGGACAAAUUGUUCAUGUUCUCUCGCUCUACAAGGCGAUUGAGAGAUAAAAUAUAUAAUAAUAUAUACAAGAUAAAAUAAUAUAUGUAAUUUUAUUAAUAAA